GGAGAAGUUAGCACCACCCAGUGGCCGGCAGAGGGAGUAGAAUGCUCAUCUAAAGGGAAGCUGAGGAUACGUUCAGUAACAGAACUCCGGUGCUGCAAACAGCUGUGAGCUGCCGGUGUCGUCUUGUUCGUUCUCUGAGCUCCAGGAAUAGAGUGUCCGGAGCUGAGGGGCCGCUCUGGGAGAAGGUGAGAGACGCUCUCUUGUUCCGGCUCUGUGUAAAGGACUGUUAUACGCAGAUACAAGUAAAGGAAGCAUAAGGCACUUGUCUACAAUUUACAAGCCAUCUGUGAAUCAAGUCUAGAAAAAUGGCGUCAAUGUUGCUUACUAGACAUAUGACACAGGCCCUGCAGCAAAACUCCAGAUUUCUUGUGCCAUGUUGCCGAUACAUCAGUCAAGCUGCUGCCAAGAAGAAUGUUGAUUUUGAAUACGAUGGUCCACUAAUGAAGACAGAAGUCCCAGGACCACGAUCAAAAGAAUUAAUUAAACAGCUUAACAACAUACAGAAUGCAGAUGCUGUGAAUUUUUUCUGCAAUUAUGAAGAGAGCCGUGGAAAUUAUCUUGUUGAUGCUGACGGCAAUCGAAUGCUGGAUUUGUAUUCCCAAAUAUCAUCCAUUCCCAUAGGUUAUAAUCACCCAGCCUUAAUAAAAAUUCUACAACAGCCACAGAAUUUGAGUACAUUUGUGAACAGACCAGCUCUAGGCAUUUUACCCCCUGAGAAUUUCACUGAAAAACUGCAGGAAUCCUUGUUAUCUAUUGGACCAAAGGGAUUAACCCAAGUAAUUACAAUGUCUUGUGGAUCAUGCUCAAAUGAAAAUGCUUUUAAAUCAAUAUUUAUGUGGUACAGAAACAAAGAAAGAGGCCACAACAAUGCCACAAAAGAAGAGCUGGAAUCCUGCAUGGUUAACCAGUAUCCAGGAUGCCCUGACUACAGCAUUUUGUCAUUUAUGGGUGGUUUUCAUGGACGAACUAUGGGUUGUCUAGCUACAACACAUUCUAAAGCCAUUCACAAGCUAGAUAUUCCUUCUUUCGACUGGCCUAUUGCACCUUUUCCAAGACUAAAGUACCCACUAGAGCAGUUUGCAAAGGAAAACCAGGAUGAAGAGGCUCGCUGUUUGGAAGAGGUUGAAGACUUGAUUGUAAAAUACAGGAAAAAGAAAAAAACUGUUGCUGGAAUUGUUGUAGAGCCAAUCCAAUCAGAAGGAGGAGACAACCAUGCAUCUGAUGACUUCUUUAGAAAACUGAGAGAUAUUGCUCGUAAGCAUGGAUGUGCAUUUUUAGUGGAUGAGGUUCAAACUGGAGGAGGAGCAACUGGGAAAUUUUGGGCCCAUGAACAUUGGGGCUUGGAUGAUCCAGCUGAUGUUGUAUCCUUCAGUAAGAAAAUGAUAACAGGAGGGUUUUUCUAUAAAGAGGAACUUCGUCCCGAUGCACCUUACAGAAUUUUCAACACCUGGCUUGGUGACCCCUCCAAAACACUUCUGUUGGCUGAAGUUUUAAAUGUCAUGAAGCGAGAGGCUCUCCUAAACAACGCUGUCCAAGCUGGAAAAGUUCUUUUAGAUGGCCUUUUGGAUAUCCAGUCCCGGUAUCCACAUCUUGUGAGCAGAGUUAGAGGUAGAGGGACAUUCUGCGCUUUUGAUGCUCCAAAUGAUGCAACCCGUGUUAAGUUCAUAUCACAAGCAAGAAAUAAAGGUGUUGUGCUAGGAGGUUGUGGUGACCGAUCCAUCCGCUUUAGGCCAACCUUGGUCUUCAAAGAUCAUCAUGCACAUCUGUUCUUGAACAUCUUCAAUGACAUCCUGAGGGAUUUCAAAUAGAAACUGAUUCUGCUGAGCUGCCUUAGUCAAAAGAAGGAAGGAAAUCAUGCAAUCUGUUUUUAUUAAGCUCUACUACUCUAUACGCACAGUUCAGGUCUAACUUUAUUGAAGGAAGAUUAUUUUUGCUCUUGAGCCAAAACAGUGUUCCCAUAUAAAUCCGUUUUAAUGCCCUGCAAUGCCUAUUUUCAUGGGAAAACAGAUUUUUUUCUAGUGUAUAGCAUAUAGUGUUCAGGGAUGUUAUCACAAUAAAACCUUUCAAUACAAAAUACUUAUUAAUAGUGUAUAAUAAUGAAGAAGUUGUGUAACAAAGAGACUGUGAAAUUGUUUUUCUUUUCUCCCAUUCAAUUACCUUAUUGCUUUCAAAGUGUCAGCACUGUGUUGAGUUUCAUAAUGUAGGUUCAGUGUAUGUGUUUUAUCAAUGUAAGUGUUAAGGAUUAGGAAAAAUGGUAGGAAUUGUUUGGCCUGCCUUGCACCAUUCAUUGUCCCCACAGUGUGAGAUGAGUUAUCUACAACAUUGGAUUUAUAGUUAGAUACUAGAUUAGAUUAGAAAUUACAUAAUGUUCAAGUAGCACUAGAUAAAUGACCCCACUUUAAAUAUAUUUGCAUGUUAUGACGUAUAGA